GUGGCCGUGGUGCUCGGGCCUGCCCCAUAGCAGGCUGCCAUGUCUCGGGAGGCAGGCUCGUGCCGCGUGGGCACAGGGGCGAGGGCGCGGUCUCGGAAGCCGAAGAAGCCACACUACAUCCCGCGGCCCUGGGGCAAACCCUACAACUACAAAUGCUUCCAGUGCCCCUUCACCUGCCUGGAGAAGUCGCACCUCUACAACCACAUGAAGUACAGCCUCUGCAAAGACUCCCUCUCCCUGCUGCUGGACUCCCCAGACUGGGCGUGCCGCCGCCGCCCCACCACGCCCAGGCCCCGCGCACCCACCCCAGACCGCCCUGGGGAGUCCGACCCCGGCAGGCUGCCCCGGGGAGCGCGGCCCCCAGAUGCUGCUCGCACGCCUGACCACAUCAUGGAGGCUGUUGCCCACCCCCUGCACCGUGGCAGGGGCCCCAAGCCCAGGGCCGAGGGGUCCCCAGGGCCACCACACCCUGGGGCUAGGGUCACCCGGAAAGGUUCCAGCCCUGGUGGGCUCCUGCCUGAGUCGUGGAAGCCAGGGAUGGGAGGGGGCCCAAGGGGUGUGGCUGUGGGGGACAUGGCCUCAGCAGGCCCUGAAGGCAGCGUCCCCUGCUACCCCCCACCUGCUCCAGGGGAGUUCCCGGAGGCCCACAGCCUCCACCUGUCCCUGCUGGGUGUCAACUACCCGCUCAGCCCGGGCCUCUUCUCCUACCUGGGGCCCUCACUGGCCGCUGCGGCCCACGUGCCCUUCCUGGCCUCAGCCAGCCCCCUGCAGCCCCCGGCUGCGGCAUUCCCAGCCCCGCAGCCCCCUCAGCGCCCCACCCCGGUCCCCCGCCUAUACUACCCGCUGCUCCUGGAGCACACUCUGGGGCUGCCCACAGGCAAAGCCGCCCUGGCCAAGGCCCCUGUCUCUCCGAAGGGUCCCCCUGGGGCUCUGGCUCCUGGCCUGCUGAAGGCACCGGUUCCAGGGCUGGGGCCGUGGCCCCAAGUCACCCCCAGGGACUCAGGGCAGGAGGGGGAGCUGGAGCGGGUGGCCCAGAGUGACCCCAGGAGGAGGCUGUCCCUGGGCAGCAGGCUGGAGCUCCCGAAGGCACCCCCCGGCCUCACAAAGUUCUGUUCCCGGAGCAGCCUGCCCACUGGCUCCUCUGCGAUGAUGUGGCCUGAGGACGGGGAGCCGGGCGGCCCCGAGGGCCCCUUCCUGCCGCAGCCUCGGGGCCCAGCGCCGGGAAGCCCAGGGCGCGUGGGUGAGGACCUGACCCGGGCCCUCAGCGACUAUGCCAGUUUAGAGCGACGCCUGGGGCAGCUGGUGCCCGCUGGGGGGCUAGUCGCGAGUCCCCUGCGGGAGCAGCUGGGCAAGAUCCGCCUGGAGCUGCUCACCAUUCACCGGGCGCUGGAGCGGGCCUCGAAGCCGCCCGACACGCCCCUGGACCUGUCUGUGAAACGCGCACCUGCCAAGGGGCCCGAGGCUCUUGGAGAGGCCUGGGGGCAGCCGGAGCUGGGUCCCAUGUUGGCUCGAGGGACCCCCGAGCCACCCCGCAUGCUGGGCCCGGCUGCACCUGAACCCUUCUCUGGCCACACCACCAAGUGUGAAGCCGACUCCAGCGUCCCCCCGCCUGGCCUCCCCCUCCCGGCCCCGGAUGACCCCGUCCUUCCUGGCAGUGGCUGGGGCACCUGUGUCGGGACGGGGAGCUCCCACACCCCCGAGGCUGUCUGCGGCCUGCAGAGCCCCCCGGGCGCCGCGGUCUGACUGUCUCCGCCCGCAGCGUGUCCGACCCUCACCUGGUCCAGCCCCGUGGCCAAGGCCUGAGACCCGUCCCCUCUCAGCAUGCAUGUGGAUAGACCCCCGCGGGCCGUGGCCAAAGCUUGUCCCUGGGGCCACACAGGGACGGGGAGGUGACGGUUAUUAAUCACAACUGUGGACAUUAAAACAGAAACUGUCUUCACA